AUGACCCCACCCCGUGCAAUCGUCUUCACCGACUGGGACGGCACCGUCACCCUCCAGGACUCGAACGACCUUCUGACCGACAACCUCGGCAUGGGCCACCCCCAGCGCAUGGCGCUCAACGACAGGAUCCUCGACGGCUCCCUCUCCUUCCGGGACGCGUUUGCCCUCAUGCUUGGCUCCGUCGCCGCCAACGGCCACUCCCUGCCCCACUGCAUCGAGUACUUGCUCCAGAACGUCAAGCUCGACCCGGGCUUCUCGGACACCAUCGAGUGGUGCGUCGCCAACGACAUCCCGCUCAUCGUCGUGUCCAGCGGCAUGGACGUCAUCAUCGAAACGCUCCUCAAAAAGCUCCUCCGCCCACAGCUCCACCCGUUCAUCCAGGUCUACUCCAACCACGUCGAGUCCCCCAACAGCGCCGGAUCCUGGAACAUCGUUUACAGAGACGACUCCAGCUUCGGCCACGACAAGAACCAGAGCAUCCAGCAUGCCGCAGCACUCUACUACCCUGACCCGGCUACCAGGGGAACCCUCUUCUACUGCGGCGACGGCGUCAGCGACGUGAGCGCCGCCAGAAGCUGCGACUUGCUCUUCGCAAAACAGGGGCACGACCUCGUAGACAUCUGCAAACGGGAUGGCAUCAACUACUUGGAGUUCGCCUCGUUCCACGACAUCCUCACCCAGAUACAGCAAGAGCUCAAAGUAUCAUGA